UGAAAGUAGAAACAAAAUUUCCGGUGAAAUGUAGGUCUUGAUAAGGUCUUGUUACGCAACUAAUUUCGCAGUGUGAAUUAAAGCUCAGGUAUCAGUUAAUCGUUUCCAAAAAAGAUGGCUGAGAAGAUUCUAUUUGCCUUUGACUUUGAUCACACGGUUAUUGACGAAAAUAGUGACUUGUACUGUAAGAGACUGGCACCUGACGGAAAAAUUCCGCAGGAAAUCGAAGAUACCUACAGCGAUGUGGGCUGGACUAAAUAUAUGGGGCUCAUAUUUGAAUACCUUCACAGUCACGGAGUAACGGAACAACACUUCCGAGAAUGCAUGAACGAGAUUCCUUUGACCAAGGGUAUGAGGGAACUUAUCGAGUACGCCACGGAAAAUAAACAUGAAAGCAUCAUCAUUUCUGACUCUAAUUCAUGGUUCAUUGAAAACAUUUUAAACGAAUCUGGGCUGAAGGACGCUUUUUCGGAGGUGUACACCAACCCUGCCCAAUAUGACGCAGAAGGUCGUUUGACAAUCGAGUUUUAUCACAAGCAGGAUUGGUGCGAUUUGAGCACCAUCAACCUGUGUAAGGGACACAUAUUACAAGAACAUUUACGAAGGAGAGAGCAGGAGGGGAUCCGAUAUAAGUGUGUGGUGUUAGUGGGGGACGGAAGUAACGAUUUCUGCCCCGCCCUCAGACUCACGGAAAACGACUACGUGUGUCCAAGGAUCAGCUAUAGGUUGUGGAAGAAAAUUCAAAAGUUGGAAAGCGACCAAGAAGCAGUCGGUAACGGACACAAGCUCAGGGCUCAAGUGGUCAACUGGACGUCGGGGCUGGAUAUUCUGGAGUUCCUGAAAUCCUUGGACGGAUGAUUAAACGGACAAUCACUUAAUUAUUAUACCGGUCAGAUUCCAAGGCAUGGAUUUGGUUAAAGGUGUUGACUUUUAGCAUGUUUAGAAAUGCUAUUUGAAAUUCAACUUUUGGAAGUGUCCCUGCAAUAAUAGAAUGAAGAUGGGCAUUGCACUAGUUGAAUGUUUUGUCACUGGAAAAUCAUUAAUUAAUCAUGUUAAUAGGAACAAAAAUAUGUUGAAAUACUGUAAUUGUUACAUAAAUUAUUGGUAAUCUUUAUUAUUGGUGCUCUGGGAGUGUUACUUGUUUUAUGUACAUGGAUUCAUUUCCAUUUAUACCUACCCUACAUACUGUAUCUAAAAAUUACACCUAUAUGAUGCAAUCUAUAAACAUUCUGCGAGUUAACAUUAAAGAUUAAUGAUGCUUCAUAUACAUAUAAAGACGUAGUAACAAUUAAAAACAUUCAUAAAUAUUCAU